AUGGGUCUCUACCGCGUCCGCGUGUCCACCGGGUCCUCGCUCCGCGCGGGCUCCAACAACAAGGUGCAGCUGUCGCUGGUCGGCCAGCACGGGGAGGCUGCGCUCGGGUGGCGCCUGCGGCCGAUGAGGGGCAAGGAGGCGGAAUUCGAGGUGGACGUGUCAGAGUACCUGGGGCCGCUGCUGUUCGUGAAACUGAGCAAAUGGCACCUCCUUCAGGAUGACGCGUGGCUCUGCAACUCGAUCUCCGUGCAGGGCCUCGGGGCCAGUCGGGACGAGUUCAGGUUCCCAUGCUACCGCUGGCUGGACAAAGGCAUCCUGAGCCUACCCGAGGGCACUGGUCGCACAGUGGUCGACGACCCUCAAGGCCUGUUCAAGAAACAGAGGGAAGAAGAACUGGAAGAGAGAAGGAAGCUGUACCGGUGGGGUAACUGGAAGGAUGGCUUAAUCCCGAAUAUGGCCGGGGCCACAAUAUGUGACCUCCCCAUAGAUGAGAGAUUUCUGGAGGACAAAAGAAUUGACUUUGAGGCUUCGCUGGUCAAGGGGCUGGCAGACCUAGCCAUCAAAGACUCUUCAAAUAUUCCGACUAGCUGGAACAGUCUGGAUGACUUCAACAGGAUUUUCUGGUAUGGCCAGAGCAAGUUGGCUGAGCGGGUGCGGGACUCCUGGAAGGAGGAUGCCUUAUUUGGGUACCAGUUUCUCAAUGGCUCCAACCCCAUGUUGCUGAGAUGCUCUAAUCACCUUCCUGCCCGCCUAGAGUUUCCUCCAGGGAUGGAGGAGCUGCAGGCCCAGCUGGAGAAGGAGCUCCAGGGAGCCAUGCUAUUUGAAGCUGACUUCUCCUUGCGGGAUGGGAUCAAGGCCAACGUCAUCCUGUGUAGCCAGCAGUACCUGGCUGCUCCUCUGGUUAUGCUGAAACUGCAGCCUGAUGGGAAACUCUUACCCAUGGUCAUCCAGCUCCAACUGCCAUGCAAGGGGUCUCCCCCACCACUGCUUGUCCUGCCCACGGAUCCCCCGAUGGCCUGGCUCCUGGCCAAAUGUUGGGUCCACAGCUCUGACUUCCAGCUUCACGAGCUGCAGUCUCAUCUCCUACGGGGACACUUGGUGGCUGAGGUCAUUGCUGUGGCCACCAUGAGGUGCCUUCCAUCGAUACAUCCUAUGUUCAAGCUUCUCAUUCCGCACAUGCGAUAUACCAUGGAAAUUAACCUCAGGGCCAGGACUGGGCUGGUCACUGAUUUGGGAAUUUUCGACCAGGUGGUGAGCACAGGUGGGGGCGGCCAAGUGGAGCUGUUCAAGAGAGCAGGAGCCUUUCUAACCUAUAUCUUUCUGCCCCCUGAUGACCUGGCUGAGCGGGGGCUCUUGGAAGUCAAGUCUCCUUUCUAUGUGCAAGAUGCCCUUCAGCUCUGGGAAAUCAUCUCUCACUAUGUGGAGGGCAUUGUGAGUCUCCACUGUAAGACGGACAAGUCUGUGAAAGAGGAUCUUGAGGUGCAGGCCUGGUGUCGAGAGAUCACUGAGAUUGGGCUGCUAGGAGCCCAGGACCGAGGGUUUCCCAUAGCCCUACAGUCCAAGGACCAGCUUUGCCACAUUGUGACCACGUGCAUCUUCACCUGCACUGGCCAGCACAGCUCCAACCACCUGGGCCAGCUCGACUGGUACGCUUGGGUCCCUAACGCACCCUGCACGAUGCUGCUGUCCCCGCCAACCACCAAGGAUGUGACACUGGAGACAGUGAUGGCAACACUGCCCAACUUUCAUCAGGCUUCUCUCCAGAUAUCCAUCAUUUGGCAACUGGGCAGACGCCAGUCCAUCAUGGUGGCUCUGGACCAACAUGAGGAGGAGCAUUUUUCGGUCCCUGAGCCCAAGGCUGCGCUGAAGAAAUGCAGGGAGGAGCUGGCUGCCCUGGAAGAGGGCACUGAGAUCCGGAAUGCCAAGCUGGACUUGCCCUACGAAUACCUGCAGCGCAGCCUGGUGGAAAACAGUGUGGCCAUAUGA